AUGGCAACCUUCAACAACAGUCACUGGAACGCGACUACGUCCCUUUACCAAUACCUUGGUUUUCAAGUGCAAAAGAUUUACCCUUUCCAUGAUAACUGGAACACUGCCUGCUUUAUUAUUCUGGUUCUAUUUAUCUUUACUGUAGUUUCUUUGGUGGCGUUGGCUUUCCUUUACGAGUUGCUUGACUGUUGCUGCUGUGUGAAAAAUAAAACCAUGAAAGACCUCGAGAAUGAAUCCAAUCCAGUUAGAACCAUGAUGGACAGCUUUAGAAAGAGAGAAACAGAAGUGGUGUAGUAAUGAUUGAUCACUAGAACUCACAGAAGAACCAACAAGAAAAUGAAGCCUCUUGCAUCUUAUGAGCAAGUCAUGUGCUUUUUGGGCCUUAAAAAUCAUUAUUAGCAACAAUUAUUUCACUUCUGGAUGUGAACU